UCGCUUAACUGUAGCCAAGCAGUUUCCUCUUCUUGUGAUGAACGCCUACUUCCUCCUUCUCCUUCACCUCUCUUUCUUUAUCUUUGUGUCUUUCUCAUUGGCAGAGACCAAGUUCUGUGAAGUAGUUUGAAAAAUAUAGCUUUAGUCUUGAUUUUGGAGUCUUUUGUUGAUGAUGUGUAUGCGUGGAUAAGCGGCAUACUGUACUGCUGAAGAGUAAUCGGCUUACAGUGGAGGAAACACGACUUGUUUGACCAGGAGGUUUCCGGCUUGGAUGAGAGCCAGGCAGCAGUAAGAGGCCGCACCCUCCAUCAGCGCAGUCAUGCCGCCCCCAGCAGACAUCUUGAAGGUGGCCAUCGAGUGGCCGGGGGCCUUUCCCAAACUCAUGGAGAUAGACCAGAAAAAGCCUCUCUCAGCCAUAAUUAAAGAAGUCUGUGAGGGGUGGAACUUGCCGAACCCUGAAACCUAUGCCCUACAGAACGCAGACUCCACCAAUUUCUACAUCACUGAAAAGAAUCGCAACAACAUCAAAAACGGCUCCAUCCUGCGGCUUACUACAUCUGCUGCCCAGAUGGCCCAGCAGCUCCACGAGCGUAUCCAGUCCUCCAGCAUGGACAUGAAGCUGGACGCUCUAAAGGAUCUGGCCAACUCUUCACGAGACAUCACCUUCGCUCAGGAGUUCAUCAACCUCGAUGGCAUCUCGCUGCUCACACAGAUGGUGGAGAGCGGAACAGAACGGUAUCAGAAACUACAGAAGAUAAUGAAGCCCUGCUUUGGUGACCUGCUCUCCUUUACACUGACUGCCUUCGUGGAGCUUAUGGAUCAUGGCAUCGUAUCUUGGGACACCUUCUCUGUGGCCUUCAUCAAAAAGAUCGCCAGUUAUGUCUGCAAGUCUGCCAUGGACACUGCUGUGCUCCAGAGGUCUCUGGCUAUCCUGGAAUCCAUGGUGCUCAACAGUCAAGAUCUCUACCAGAAGGUUGCUCAAGAAAUCACCAUUGGCCAGCUCAUUCCUCACCUACAAGGGACGGAUCAGGACAUUCAGACUUACACCAUUGCAGUUAUUAAUGCAUUGUUCCUCAAAGCCCCUGAGGAAAAGAGACAGGAGAUGGCUCACAUUCUAGCACAGAAGCAGCUGCGUUCAAUCAUUCUCAGUAAUGUAAUCAGGAGUAACAAACCCAUAAAUGAUGAGAUGGCCCACCAGCUUUAUGUGCUGCAGGUCUUGACCUUUAAUCUCUUGGAGGACCGCAUGAUGACUAAGAUGGACCCGCAAGACCAGGCUCAGAGGGAUAUCAUCUUUGAGCUGCGCAGGAUCGCUUUCGAUGUCGAUUGCGAUUCCAACAACAGUGGCAGCAUUGAGAAGCGCAAAUCUAUGUACACCCGAGACUACAAAAAACUGGGCUUUAUUAAUCACGUGAACCCUGCGGUGGACUUCACUCAGAUUCCUCCUGGGAUGUUGGCUCUGGAUAACAUGCUCUACUUUGCCAGGCACCAUCAGGACGCCUAUAUCAGGAUUGUUCUGGAGAACAGCAGUCGAGAGGACAAGCACGAGUGUCCGUUUGGUCGCAGUAGUAUUGAACUGACAAAGAUGCUGUGUGAGAUUCUCAAAGUGGGAGAACUUCCCAGCGAGAACUGCCAUGACUUCCACCCCAUGUUUUUCACUCAUGACCGCUCGUUUGAGGAGUUCUUUUGCAUCUGUAUUCAACUACUCAACAAAACCUGGAAAGAGAUGAGAGCCACUUCUGAAGACUUCAAUAAGGUGAUGCAGGUGGUGAAGGAACAGAUCACUCGUGCUCUCACCAUCAAGCCUAACUCUCUAGAUCAGUUUAAGAGUCGUCUGCAAAAUCUGAGCUACACUGAAAUCCUCAAAUUGCGCCAGUCCGAGAGGAUGAACCAGGAGGACUUCCAAUCCCGGCCCAUCCUGGAGCUUAGGGAGAAAAUCCAGCCAGAGAUCAUGGAGCUGAUCAAACAGCAACGCCUCAAUCGUCUGUGUGAGGGCACCUGCUUCCGGAAGAUCAGCAGCCGAAGGAGACAGGAUAAAUUCUGGUACUGUCGAUUGUCGCCUAAUCAUAAAGUCCUGCACUACGGGGACCUGGAGGAGAGCCCUCAGGGAGAAGUACCCCAUGAUUCCCUUCAGGACAAACUUCCUGUUGCUGAUAUCAAAGCUGUUGUCACAGGUAAAGACUGUCCGCACAUGAAGGAAAAGGGAGCUCUGAAGCAGAACAAGGAGGUUCUGGAGCUGGCCUUCUCUGUCCUCUACGAGUCUGACGAGUAUCUAAACUUCAUUGCCCCUGACAAGCAUGAGUACUGCGUGUGGACAGAUGGGCUAAAUGCACUGCUUGGGAAGGAGAUGACCAGUGAGUUCACUCGCUCAGACAUGGACACCCUCCUCAACAUGGAGAUGAAGCUCCGCCUCCUUGACCUGGAGAACAUCCAGAUUCCUGAUGUUCCACCCCCCAUCCCCAAAGAGCCCAGCAAUUAUGACUUUGUUUAUGACUGCAACUAAUCCCCUUUCACUGGACUGACUGAUUUUUCUUAAAAUGCAUACUGGAAAAAAGACAAAUUUUUUUUUAAAAAGGACAACUUUCCUGCUUAAACUUGGCUCUCUUGUGCACCUCAUCUCAAUGGAUUUGCUAAACUUAAUGGACUUAACUUGCAAGGCCUCUGAACCAUCUGGUUUGGUUGAAGAACCAUGACACACAAACUGGUCCUCGGGUUCUAAACCACUCUCAUUUUGUCACAGUCAUCUCCAAACAUCUCUUUAAACGGUUACAUUCCUCAAACAGACCACCUGCUCUGGCGUAAAGAUUGCUUCAUGUCAAAAAUAUGUCUCAUCGUAUAAUUUCAGGCUGUUUGGAGCGGGAUGCUCCUUGUUGAGUCUGCAGAAAGUCCAACCUUGCACAUGGUGAUCUACCUUCUGAGUUUAGUUCCAGUUCUACUUACACCUGCCUGUACUUUUCAAGUGAACUCCAAGACCUUGAUUGGCUGGUUCAGGUUUGAUUAGAGAUGAAUCUAAGCUUUUCAGGAAACUAGAUCUUCAGGAGCAGGCUUGGUUACCCCUGGUAUUGGCAGUUGGGGUGUGUAGCGCUCGUUGUAAUAUGUUUCUCACUCCAACAAGCGGCAGCUAACAUCAAAGCGGGGUUGGUAGUGCAAGCAAAGUCAAAGUUAGUUCCAAGUAUCUCAUUCAAGCCUCGUAUACUGUAGACUGUUAAAUAGGUAGCUUCAUGCAAGAGGUUGCCUCUUUUUGUCUUAAACCAUACCUGCUUUGUGCAUACAUUGUUGUCAUUGUCUGACUAUAACACAGGCGUGUAGAUAAAGCUCUUCCAUUCACUCAGCAUCAACAGAUUCAUGGCAGACUGCUGUAACAUUCCAAAGCAAUAUUGAGCUUCUGUUUUGUAAGCUGGUAUAACUUCUGUGAUAUUCAUGAUUGCUGCCAAGUAGUCAGUAUUAUACAUUUUUGUGUAAUAAGGAAGUUUUAUUUUUCAGGGCUAUCAAAUUCAUUUAAAAGUUCAUGUUUAAUUUAAUUUAAGAUUGUGGUUAUUAUAAUUGUUAUGAUUUAUUUUUCUCCCCUCAGAUGUUUGUUAUAGGUUUAGGAGAGCGACAUCCUGCUGUUUACAUUAAAGAUUGAUUCCAAUUCA